UUUUCGCACCGACAUUGGUUGUUUUUCGGCAAAAACGGGUGGCUCUGCGUACAAAUAACUGCAAUAAGUGAUUUUUUCUUCAUUCCGCACUUGUACGCUACGCGCGAUAAGCGAUCCUUGCAGCCAACGAAAAGGCGUAUCGUUCACCGUGGAUCAAAGCUGGAAAAAGAAGGAGGAUUACACGAAGCUAAAACGUCCUUCCGGACAACUCGGGCCUGCGGUAUUGUGCCCACGUCCGCGGCGAUCAGGGACAGUGGUGCCUUUUCUUUGCUGCAUUACGUAAAAAACGAUCUGCUGCAGUGAACCAACUGUCGAGACUUUUAGGUGAUAACAUCCCGCAAGCCGUAUGUGAAAGUUCUGUUCCACAACCAAUCAUCAACAAGCCAGUGUUUUUGCGUAGAUACAAAACGCAACCCGGUAAAAAUGAACCGAUAGAAUCGCACGAUCUGCGGCGGGUGAUGAAGACAAUCUUGUGCAAUCAAACGGUGAUGGGUGUCCCGAUAACGUUUGCUGGCUAUUAUAGAACAUUCCGUGGUUCGGUGCCGGACGUGGGUGUGAUCUUGCGCGAUCUGGUCGUGUGUGUGUCUUCUAUGCCGAGAUUGGAUUUUACUACGUGUAUCGACUCUUGCACCUCAAGCCACUGUACAAACUGGUCCAUAAAAAGCACCACGAAUGGACGACACCGUUUGCUUGGACCGCUAUGUACUGCCAUCCGAUCGGACACAUCAUCAGCAACAUGAUCCCGUCAAUGAUCGGCAUACAGCUCAUGAAGGCACACAUCUUCACCACUGCUAUCUGGUUUCCGUUGGUAAUCUUUAACACGAUUCGGGAUCAUUGUGGCUACCAUUUGGCGUUCUUUCCCAGCCCCGAGGACCACGAUUAUCAUCACGCGAAAUUUACUGAGUGCUUCGGAACGUUCGGGUAUCUCGAUUGGUUGCACGGGACGGACACACAGUUCCGGAAGUCAAAGCAGCACCAGCGUCAUCGUACACUUUGAGGCAUUAAAUCGGCCCGAGAGUUGUAGCCGGAUAGUUAAUCCGAAGCCACCUGUUUGCCAUCCAAAGCUUACGAGUGAGCGUGGUAAGGAAUACCUCGUUCCAAAACAUUCAUCGCUCUUUCGUGUUUCUAGGAAACAUAGAAACAAUUCGGCAUUUUACUUGGACCUUUUCUCUACUUAUUUGCUAAACAUUGAUAAACUCAAAUGCGAAACUGCCAACUAUUGAUUGCAUUGGAUGAAACGGUAAGCUUCCUUCAGCUCGCUUAAACUUUCCGUCGUGUUGAUUUGACGUUUUGAAUGUAAACAAGUUGUCUACGCUUCGCAAGCUUGCCGGACAAUGCGAAAAUAACAGUGAAUAAUACGAAGAACGUGUAAUUAAUCUACUUUCCCGAAGUAGACGAUUUCCCGUAAGAAAAUAGUGAUACAGAAGUAGUUGUUUUAUCGUUUGGCUCGAGUGUGACAGUGCUACGGUGUUUAUUACAGGAUGAACCUACCGGAUCGGUUGGGGAGGGUUUGUCAGCUGCCAAUAGCGGCUCUACCACCACCGGAGUUGAUUCUUCGGUAAGAGUUUAUUCCUGCGUGCAUCCCGGUUGCAAGAAGCUGUACUUCAAUGAGCGGCUUCUAACAGAGCACGAGAAAUAUUACGGUGGAGAAGGAAGCUCGUUGCGAUCGCCACCAAGUGUCAAAUGAGGAUGGAAAGAACGUUGCAGCAGGAGACAGGCAGGACGUUCCUACACACGCCAUAGUCAUCUGAAUGCGCACGAGCUGCUAAAUACCGGUACACUAUCCUUUCACUGUCCGUGGGCCGACUGUGGGGCGGCUUUUGCACGCUCGUACGAAUUGUAGCACACCGUCAGGAAAAGAAGGAAAUUCGAAACGUUACGGCGUUGUUGAAAAUGGUCCAAUCGGGUUCGAAUGCUAACGGUUGGGUAAUACGAUAAAAAAGCUUUAUUUGCACGAUAAACGUUAUUUCAUUAUGUUUACAACUAAAUGUACAAAAUCCAAAUCGACGAACCAACUGAAUAAAAAGCGAAUUUAUGUUUAUGAAC